AUGGCCGACAAGCCAGAGAACAAGCGGGCUACGCGCGCAACGAACAGCCACCCCGAGCCUCCCGACACUAGCUCUUCCCAAACACCCAAUACCUCAGCGCGCACAGAAUCGAACUCGACACCUCCAUCACUAGCAAGCCGCGUCCAGAGCUCAGCCGCAGGCCUAGCCCGCAGCGCAUUCCAACCGAGCAGCGCGACAGAACUCGCGCAGACGCUGGCCAGCGGCACGAACGGCAAAGCAGCCGGGUCGUCCUCAGCGACAUCAGUGAAUACUCAACAUACCGCCAGCCGCGAUGGAUCAGCAGCAGCGCGGUCCUCGAGGACGAGCCAGACAGGCACUGGACCGGGUCCGGCCGAGUCCUUCCGCAGUGCGAGUUGCUCGGCUGCAGGGCAGGGAGAGACAGUGCUGCCGCUGCUGACGGAAGAAGCGUUCCUGCGUGGGGACACGGAUGCAGGAAUAGGAAUUGAACGGGACGGGGCGAGUCUGGAUACGCUGCAAAGCGAGACGGGGAAUUGGAAGGGCAAGCAACGGGCUCAAGAUCCGGUGCAGAUGGAGUUCGACACGGUCUGGAGACGCGGUGACUCUGUUUCAGAGACACCUGCUCCUACCGCAGAUACGCAAUCCGAGUCCUUAGCCGACGGCGCCGCCGUGGUAUCCCUAUUAUCCGACACAUCCUUUGACCCUUUCGCGACAGAACCAGAAAACGCCGAAGAUCUGAACCUGGAUCUGGAUCCGGCAGCACCGCCUCCACCCCUCACAGCAUCAGAAAUAGAGAUGCUAGACUCAUUCCGGCGCCAACUACCUCCCUCCACACAAGAAACCCCCACACACCAGGCCCAGUACCAGCACCAACCCCGCCUUACAGCGCAGAGUCUCGUCCCCGACAUCGACACCUUCCUCGCAGAAAACGACCCCUCUGCUACCAGCAACAGGAAUGGCCAUACAGCGACCGGUAUCAGCAAUCAAGCCACAACAACUGACCCAGCAACUAUAUCCUCACUCCGCGACUCGGUGCUGACACACCUCCCCGGCGCGACAGACUGGCUCAAUGUACAUGAGCGGUACCACGACGAGGUGUGGGGGUAUUUGCGACCGGUGCUGGAGGCGGCGCGGAUAGAGAUCGAGGAGAAAGAGAAGGAAACAGGGCGGGAGCAUGAGGGGGAUGAUGGGCCGGCUGUGCGGCGGUUGAAGAUGAUUCUGGCGCAUAUGAGGGUGCAAGUGUAA